AUGGAAUCAGAACUCCUGGUCAUUACCAUCUCAGUGAUCUGGAUGGGCGUUCCGUUUGGAAUCUAUGGACUGGGUCUCUUGCUUUACGAGCAUCUUGUGAAGUAUGAUCGCUUGCGGUAUGGCUGUUGUGGGCUCAGUGUCCUCUACUCCUGCUAUUCCGUACAACACCCAAGCGCGGGUCCUCUUUUCAACUAUAUGACCGGAUUCAUGGCUAUUUAUCAUCCUGUGCGAGCGAUAGAACUUCUCAUCGUCUCCAACCCACUGUCUAUGCGGCGCCUGAGAAAGGUCGGCUCUCUCUACUGCUGGGAGUCCUUUCCACCACCGAAUGACAUUCGUCGUAUUUUCUGUAUCAUUGACUUGCUUGCAAAUCCACGAGCCAUUGGUUGGAGCCAUGGCCCCGUAAGCCAUCUUCCCCCUGCAACUUUGAUAAUCAGUGAAGGUGGUGCUCGCACUUCAUGGAAGCGGGUUGGCGACUGGAAGCCCAGUCGUCGGUCCUUCAUUAUGACUCAAACACGGCGCAUUCUUAUUGCAUAUUUGUGGUUUGAUAUGUAUCUAGCGGUAUUCGCUCCCAAGAAAGGGCUUCUCGUGACUCGAAUGAUCAACAAUGUCUCUGAAAGCCUUGGGGCGCAACUGACAAUCGCCACGAGCCAUGAGAUAUACAAAUGGUUGGGGCGUGUUGUACGUAUUAUUAGCGCCCAGGUUUUCCUAGACGGGUCGCAUGCAUUUUUCUCUCUUGUCGCCGUUGGUAUCAUUUCGGGCAUCUCAAAUGAUAUCGCGGGGGAGACAUGGGCACAUCCGACUCUGUUUGGUGGUUUCCGGCUGUCUUCACCCAACCUGAAAGGUAAAUAUGUUGCAUAA